GCGGAUGGAGCCGAGGAUCCGACAGCCCGAGCCAGGUACCUCUUACAGCAUUUCUCUAGAGAAGAUAAUUCUGCAGCAGUUGUGACCUCUUCCAAUCGAACACUCCCCAAAUUAUCAUCUCUGGACUCCCAGCUGCCACUCAGCCGGAGGCAAGAACUAGCAAGCCAACUGGAACUGGGCCCAUUCGGCCGUCGAGAUUUUUUUUUUUCCUUCUUACACAGGGCAAAGGAAGACUGUGAUAGAAAGCUACAAAGAUGAAGUUGGGCAGAGUGGAGUUCUGCCACCUCCUGCAGAUCAUCGGGCUUUUCCUCUGUCUUUCUGGGACGAGUCAGGUGGAGCUCUCCAGGUCCAAAUCAAAGCCCUAUUUUCAGUCCGGCAAGUCAAGGACCAAACGCAGCUGGGUGUGGAAUCAAUUCUUCGUGCUGGAGGAAUACAUGGGCACAGACCCCCUCUAUGUUGGCAAGCUUCACUCGGAUGUUGAUAAAGGAGAUGGCUCCAUCAAAUACAUCUUGUCGGGAGAAGGGGCCAGUUCCAUUUUCAUUAUUGAUGAGAACACUGGGGAUAUUCAUGCUACAAAGAGGCUGGAUCGUGAAGAGCAGGCCUAUUACACCCUCCGAGCCCAAGCUCUAGACAGGCUGACCAAUAAACCUGUGGAACCAGAGUCUGAAUUCGUCAUUAAGAUUCAGGAUAUCAACGACAACGAACCCAAAUUUCUGGAUGGACCUUACACGGCGGGAGUUCCUGAAAUGUCUCCUGUUGGCACAUCAGUGGUCCAAGUAACGGCUACGGAUGCCGAUGAUCCCACGUACGGAAACAGCGCCCGGGUGGUUUACAGCAUUCUGCAAGGGCAGCCGUACUUUUCUGUGGAACCAAAGACAGGUGUCAUCAAGACAGCUCUUCCAAACAUGGAUAGAGAGGCCAAAGACCAGUAUCUGCUUGUAAUUCAAGCCAAGGACAUGGUUGGACAAAAUGGAGGACUGUCGGGAACCACAUCAGUUACAGUUACCCUUACUGAUGUCAACGAUAAUCCUCCCCGCUUCCCUCGCAGGUCGUAUCAGUACAAUGUUCCAGAGUCACUGCCUGUGGCAUCAGUGGUGGCCAGAAUUAAAGCUGCUGAUGCAGAUGUGGGACCAAACGCGGAGAUGGAAUACAAAAUUGUGGAUGGUGAUGGCCUGGGAGUGUUCAAAAUUUCCGUUGACAAAGAAACCCAGGAAGGAAUAAUUGCUAUUCAAAAGGAGCUCGAUUUUGAAACCAAGGCUAGCUAUACUCUACGGAUAGAAGCAUCCAACAAGCAUGUAGAUCCCCGCUUCCUGAGCCUGGGGCCUUUCAGCGAUAUGACCACAGUCAAGAUCAUCGUGGAGGACGUGGAUGAGCCUCCCGUAUUUUCCUCCCGUUUGUACCGCAUGGAAGUGUCGGAAGCCACACAAGUCGGGAAUAUCAUUGGAACGGUGGCGGCUCACGACCCGGAUUCUUCCAACAGUCCUGUGAGGUACUCAAUAGAUAGAAACACAGACUUGGAACGCUAUUUCAAUAUUGAUGCCAACAGUGGGGUCAUCACAACUGCCAAAUCUUUGGACCGAGAGACAAAUGCUGUCCAUAACAUCACAGUCUUGGCCAUGGAAAGUCAGAACCCUUCGCAAGUAGGAAGAGGCUAUGUGGCCAUCAGCAUCCUGGAUGUUAAUGACAACCCUCCAGAGUUUGCCAUGGACUAUGAGACGACAGUCUGUGAAAAUGCUCAGCCUGGCCAGGUGAUCCAGAAAAUCAGUGCAGUUGAUAAGGAUGAACCAUCGAAUGGUCACAAGUUUUACUUCAGCUUGGCAGCCGAGGCAGCAAAUAAUCACAAUUUUUCCCUGAAGGAUAACAAAGACAACACAGCGUCAAUCCUCACGCGGAGGAGCGGCUUCCGAAGGCAGGAGCAGUCCGUGUUCUAUUUGCCGGUGUUCAUCGUGGACAGCGGCUCCCCUUCACUGAGCAGCACCAAUACGCUCACAAUCCGGGUGUGCGACUGCGACGCGGAUGGAGUUGCCCAAACGUGCAAUGCCGAGGCCUACAUCCUCCCGGCGGGACUGAGCACCGGAGCCCUGAUAGCCAUCCUGGCCUGCGUCCUGACACUGCUAGUGCUGGUCCUCCUGAUCGUUACGAUGAGACGGCGGAAAAAGGAACCACUCAUUUUUGACGAGGAGAGGGACAUCCGAGAAAACAUCGUCAGAUACGAUGAUGAGGGAGGUGGUGAGGAAGACACAGAAGCGUUUGACAUGGCCGCCUUGAGGAACCUCAACAUCAUCCGAGAUACCAAAAGCCGGCGGGACGUGACCCCUGAGAUCCAGUUCUUGAGCAGACCGACGUUUAAAAGCAUCCCGGAUAACGUCAUCUUUAGAGAAUUUAUCUGGGAGAGACUAAAGGAAGCUGACGUGGAUCCCUGUGCUCCUCCUUACGAUUCUCUGCAGACGUAUGCGUUCGAGGGCAACGGCUCAGUCGCCGAGUCCCUCAGCUCUUUAGAGUCCAUCAGCUCAAACUCUGAUCAAAAUUACGAUUAUCUCAGUGACUGGGGGCCCCGUUUUAAACGGCUGGCAGACCUGUAUGGGCCGGGGCAGGACAGCUUGUACUCAUAGCCUUGGGUCUCGCCUCUGACAUGCACUGAAGAAAGAUAAAAACUCCGCUUGAGGACAGUAGGAAGUUGUAAAUAUUUCUCCAUUUUUAACCUUUUAGGUUUUUUGCCUUGGUGAAGCAUUUCUUCAUUCGACUUGUCCUAGGGACUGCACUUAUCAGUGAUUCUGAGCAUUUGAUGGCAUUUUGGUAAAACGAGAUGCUCACCAUAUGCGAAUAGACAGCAACCCCGUAUAUACCUGCAGAGGCAUCUGGUUGUGAGGGAAGAAAUGUACUGUGAGCUCUGGGAGCCGAUGAUGUCCAGUAAAUCUCUUCAUCCUCCAGCCGCGUCGAUCGCAGCAUUGCUGAUUAGCUACUGGUGAGGAGCGGAAGAUGGAAAUCAUGGACUGUUCAAUGACGCCUUGCUUGGUUCUUUACCGACACCAAGCUGGUUGACCAGAUUUGUUUACAGCGAAAGCUGCAGUUAGUUGUGCUUUGACACCCGGCAAAAUUUUGUCAAAAGAUCCACGUGACCGGUGGCAUCCGUAAAUACGUGGAUAAUUCCCUCCCUCCCUUCCUGAAAAAUCUAAUCCAAUGCGGUUUGGUCCCAGAAAGAGAAAGCCUUCAACAUUAUCUCAUCACACUAAUUCCUAAAGCCAUGGAUUGAGGAGGACAAUCUGGAAAGAAAACUAUGAUUCUGUGGUGCCUGUGUAGGUAUGGAAAAAAGUUGCUGUCUAUUGGUUGUUUCUUAUUAUCUCUUCUGAUUUGUACAGGAGAAUUGAUCUUUUUAUUUAAAUUUUAUUUGACACAUGGUGGUGUAUUUAUUUUGGAGCGCCAAUCUCCUCAGGUCCAUUAUACUGCCUCACAGUAUUAAACUCGUCAGAACAUGCUGAUUUUUUUUCUCCUGGCUCAGCUACAAGAGGGAAAAGAAGCAUAGAAAUAGAGAAAUCCCAGUAGACCAAUCACACGAACUGCCGUUCAGAUCUUAGGAAGGAACACAGCUAUGAGGACACCCAGAUGUUCUUCCAAACCAUUACCACAUUGGAAACAUUUGAAUAAAAGAUUGGCGCAGUACACGUCGGAAAGAAGACUCCAAGGAAGCAAGGAGCGUCUCUGAUGCGAGAUUUGGAUUUCAAGGUCACAAGUUCUACGUGCUCCUGAGACUUUAAAAGAGCUUGAUUUUUUUUCCCCCUCUUUUGCUGUUGAAGCACUUCAGUGAAAAAGAGUUUUAAAAUCCUUUCAUAUGUUAAGCAAUGUAAUGCUAUUAACUUCAGAAUCCAACUUUAAAUCCUGAUGCAAAUAAGUAAAAGCCCCAAGGAAUUUACUUCACAAUGCAUAAUUUCUAUACUGGUUUGGGUGUGCCAAAGGAAGGAAGAUUAUUACAGUCGGUCAAAAUACUGAACAAUUUUGAAAUAGGAUUUCGUAGACUAAGAUGACUUUUUUAUGACUCAAUAUUUAUACCUAUCAUCGUCCAUGGUUUAAUAUUAGUCUA